AAUAAAAACCAAAUGUAGAAAACGAACAUGUGGCACAGAGGAUUAAUAAAGAAACACGGUAGACCAGUGUUUUGCUGUAGUGUCCAACGAACUCCAAAGCCCAAAUCUCAAAGCUUUUUUUACUUUUUCCCCAAAUCCGCAGAAUCUUCUUCUUCAGCUUUGAGUUUCCACAGAGAGUGAGAGAGAGAAAGAUCGAUACUUUAUACAGUAUCAUCUCCCACUCAUUCUCUCUGUCGCUUGAAGCAGCGAGAGAGAGAGAGAGAGAGAGAGAGUUUAAUGCGAAUUUAUGGGUUUGAUCUACAGAUCUGUGUACCCUAAUUUAUGUCUCUCGCGUAACGGUCAUAUUUCAAUUUGAGCUCUUCAUCGCUGCGUUUAUGUGAUCUCGGAGCUCUUGCAAGUGAAUUUUUAGGGUUCGUGUAGUGUGAAAGAGAGGAAGAGAUGCUGACUUGUAUAGCGUGCACGAAGCAGCUUAACACCAACAAUGGCGGAUCUACUCGAGAAGAAGAUGAAGAAGACGGAGUCAUUGGGACUCCUAGGACUAAGCAGGCCAUUAAAUCACUGACGUCACAGCUAAAAGACAUGGCAGUAAAAGCUUCAGGGGCAUAUAAAAACUGCAAACCGUGUUCUGGGACAUCAAACCGGAAUCAGAAUCGAAACUAUGCUGAUUCGGAUGUUGCUUCGGAUUCUGGGAGAUUUCAUUAUGCAUACCAGAGAGCCGGGACUGCAAGCUCAACUCCAAAGAUUUGGGGGAAUGAUAUGGAGUCCAGGUUAAAAGGGCUUUCUAGUGAAGAAGGUACACCUACGUCCAUGAGUGGCCGAACGGAAUCCAUAGUGUUCAUGGAGGAGGAUGAAGCCAAGGAAUGGGUUGCGCAAGUGGAGCCUGGUGUUCUUAUCACAUUUGUGUCAUUGCUUCAAGGAGGGAAUGAUCUAAAGAGAAUUCGGUUCAGUCGUGAGAUGUUCAAUAAAUGGCAAGCUCAAAGAUGGUGGGUGGAGAAUUUCGAGAAGGUCAUGGAGUUAUACAAUGUGCAGCAGUUCAAUCAGCAGAGCGAGCCACUUCCAACUCCUCCUGUAUCUGAAGAUGGGGUCUCACAAAUACAGUCCGCGAAGGACAGUCCUGUAACUCCACCUCUGGAAAGAGAGCGACCUCGCAGCAAUAUUCCAGGCUCUUCUGGUCUUGCUUCAACACCAAAGCUCUCUAGCAUCAGCGGAACCAAGACAGAAACAUCAUCAAUCGAUGGUUCUGCUAGAAGUAGCUCAGUAGAUCGAUCUGAGGAGGUAUCAGUGAGUAACGCAAGCGACAUGGAAAGUGAAUGGGUAGAACAAGAUGAGCCUGGUAUCUAUAUUACUAUCAGAGCUUUACCAGAUGGUAAUCGCGAGCUUAGACGCGUUCGAUUCAGCCGAGACAAGUUUGGGGAAACACAGGCGAGGUUGUGGUGGGAACAGAACAGAGCUCGGAUACAACAGCAAUACUUGUGACUUGAUGAUAGAUUUACUAAGUGGAGCAGCUAUUAGACGAAGAAACAAACAACAACAACAACAGAAGACUUAAUUUAUUAACAAAGACUUUUCUUUUUAUUUUUUUAGUUAUAACUUGAUUACUUGAACAAAAGCUAAACAAAGACUUUCUUCUCAAUUUUCUUGCUUCUUGUUAGAUUUAAUUUAGAUAGAUCGAUAUUCAGCAUUUCAUUUCAGAUUUGAUAAUUUAUGGAAUACAAUAAUUAUUAUGUGAUUUUA